GCUUCGUAUCCCGGUGUCACAGCGAAGCUUCUCUGCAUUGAUGUCGUGGAGCUCAAGGGUCACCUUUGUUUAACAUUUACGGAUAACGGGGCAGGAAUGACCCCUCACAAGCUGCACCGCAUGCUCAGCUUUGAUUUCACGGAGAAGGCUGUAAAGAGAAACCAUCCGUGCAUUGGGGUGUAUGGAAGUGGCUUCAAGUCUGGCUCCAUGCGUCUGGGGAAGGAUGCCAUCGUCUUCACCAAGAACGGCGGGGCCCUCAGCGUGGGGCUGCUCUCCCAGACCUACCUGGAACGUGUCCAUGCGGAGACAGUGAUAGUUCCUCUGGUGCCGUUCAACCAGCAAAACAAAAAAAUAAUUGUUACUGAAGACUCUGUGCCCAGCCUGGAGGCCAUCCUGCAGCAUACCCUCUUCAACACCAGGGAGGAGCUGCUGGCACAAUUUGAUGCUAUCCCAGGCAAGAAGGGCACACGCAUCCUCAUCUGGAACAUCCGCAGAAAUAAAGAUGGGAAGCCGGAGCUGGAUUUUGAUACGGACGAGUAUGAUAUCCGGUUAGCUGACUUCCUUGCAGAGGAUGUGGAGAUUGCUGGCAAAAAGGUUCUGCCCUGUCAGGAGAUGGUCCAAGAGUUUCCUGCCCCGGAGACAGAGUACUCAUUACGGGCAUAUUGCAGUAUCUUGUACCUGAAGCCUCGCAUGCAGAUCAUCCUGCGGCAGAAGAAGGUGAGCACUCAGCUGAUCUCCAAGAGCUUGGCGAACGUUGAAUAUGAUGUAUACAAGCCUACCUUUGCCAACAAAAGAGUGAAGAUCACCUUUGGAUUCAACUGCAAGAACAAAAGCCACUAUGGGAUCAUGAUGUACCACAAUAACCGGCUUAUCAAGUCCUAUGAGAAAGUGGGCUGCCAAAGGAAGGGAGAAGGCGUGGGUGUCAUUGGGGUAAUUGAAUGCAACUUCUUGAAACCAGCGCACGACAAACAGGACUUUGAAGAAAGCAAGGAAUAUCGGCGGACAGUUACUGUGCUGGGACAGAAACUCAACGCCUACUGGAAAGCGAAGAUGGCCCAGAUGAAUUUGGGAAGCACGGAUGCAGGCUGUGUAAUAGCAGAGAGACCAGAUGAGACAUGGGUGCAAUGUGAGGAGUGUCUGAAAUGGAGGAAACUCCCUGACCGGGUUGAUCUCGCAUUGUUACCAGAAAAGUGGUUUUGCUAUCUCCAUCCCCUCCACAAAUACAGAAACUGCUCAGCACCUGAGGAGCAGGAAGCCAGCGAUGAGGAGAAGAGCCCCAGCUACAGCCAGAAAUGCAAGAAGGGGGAGCCGAGUGCAGAGAGGAAGAGGAGGAGGUCGUCGUCGUCGUCCUCUGGGGAGAGUGUGGAACAGCAGGUGUCAUCCUCUGCAUUAGUGCCCUGGCCGGCUCGGACCAGCAGUUUCACCUGCACUGUGAAGCUGGAGCCUGAGGAAAAGAUUGCUGAUGGGAACACUGCCUCUCCCCCUCCUCUCAAAAAGAUCACUGCAAGUCAGACAGGAGUUGGACCUCAAGAACCAAACACCUCCUUGACAGCAGGCAAGCCCAACUUGACUAUAAAAGAAGAGCUGCUGGAAAAGCAUGAGGAGCAGAUGGAGGUUUCACCCCCAGAUCUGACUUGUCCCAGCCCCCCUCCUUCCCCACUUGGGAAGAGUUUUGCAGUACCUUACCAAGACAGGGAAGACCUUAUGUGCAUAAAACAGGAGACAAAUGUAGGUGGCAACUUGCACACCUAUUUGCUCAAAGGACUGCCGGGCACCCUCAGCAGCCCCAGCCACGCUAACAGUGCAUCACACUGGGAUGGAUGCUGUCGCAGGGAAGACACUCCAGCAUCACCCAGUAGCUCAGCAGGAGAUGAGAAAGGGACUGGCACGGUCCAGGGGGAGCUGGAAAACCAAAUGCCAGACUUAGUAGCAGAAAGACAGGCUGCAGACUUGAGCGUUUGUGUGAACGCAUACAGGAGCACAAAGGACAUGGACAAGAGACCCUUUGUGGCAGUUGUUGGUGUUUCGAAGGCUGCUGCGGGUGGUGAAGCUCCCAUUCAACUCUUCCCUUUUGGGUGGAAAGAGAGACUUGACAGGCCAAAGGUGAGGAAGGCCCCAUGCCUCAGGAUUGGAGACAGAGGAGGAAGACAAUUGCAGGUCUGGAACCCAGGGGAGCAAGAGGAUAUAACGGAGCAGAACAUGAGAAGAGCAGUGGAGAAUAUCUCUGUGGAACUGAAGAAUAUUUCAGCAGAGCGGGAUUUGCUCCGGUGCAAGGUGGAGGAAAUAGAGCAUGAGAAGUGCUACCUGAAAACAGAGUUCUUGAAAAGCCAGCAGGAACUGGCAGUGCUCAGAGCUCAGGAGACUGAAGGCUUGUACUGGAGCAAGAAACAUAUGGGUUACCGCCAAGCUGAGGUGCAGGAGCUGAAAGCAAAGCUGGAAAGGUCCACAGAGGAGAAGGCUGAGCUGAUGGAGAGACUCAAGGAGACAGAGAUGCACUUAGAAGUGCUCAGAGAGGCACAAGUUUCCUGCAGGGGCCCAGAGAGAGGAGAUGUGAAGAGUGUUAUGGAGAAACUUAAGAACCUGCGUAUGAACGUGAGCUGGCUUCUCUCGUUGGUCCUCCCACACUUGGAGCUCCAGGAGAUUAACUUUGAGUCGGAUCAGGUCUUUGUGCCACCGUUCUGCUGGAUGUUUGCAGCUUUCCUCGACAGGGAUGGAGGUGAGCGCUCGUGGGGAGCAGCGCGUUCGCCUCUGCACGGGAGCCUUCGAAACGUCACCGUUUCUCUGUGGUCUUUGACGGCAGCUGUGUUUCCUCUGCCUGCGUGGAGAUGGGGACAGGCCAGCAGCCGUGGCCUGAGUGACCUGACUUCUGGAUUGCCAUCUGGAAACCCCGCAGACGUGAGCCCUGCUCUGAGUCAUCCCUUGGACAAAGGUGCCGUGGCUGUUUCUUCUCACACCUCAGUGUGGGGACAGAGAAGUUGCUGGUGAUUCGGUGCGAUGUCCUGUGGGAUUCCCAGCACUCCCUAAUAUCAGGUGAAUUUUGCUGCUGCUAUUAUUGCCUGUUGGCACCUUAAGUCUUCACUCCUGUGACUUGCUUUCCCCAACCCCAGGGCACUCUAGUUGUGCAGUGACUGUUGUUUUUGCGGUCUUGCUGGCAUGGUCUUUGGCUUCGUAUUCCUGCAUCACUGCCAGGUUCCCCCAUCUGUCCCAGGGUCCUCCCACAGCUCCUUGCUUCCUUCCCGUGUAGGAGAGGGCAAUGAUUUCAUUUCAGAUCCCAACCCUGGUCCCUUCCGCUGAUUUCUCAUUCCCCCUCACCUCCUUUGCAAAAACAGAACAGUUGGUCACUGGCAGUCUUGCCUUGCUGUCCCAGCUGUGUGACUCGAGACAAAUUGUCCCCAGGUUUUUGCGAGGGCAAGAAUGUUUUGAGAGUAAAGGAUGAUGUAAUUCCCAACCGAGCAGCAUGCACAGACACCCUGAGGUUGCUGUUUUUUGGGCUAGAGCAUGGCCACCAGCACUGGUGUUAGAGUGGGGUCUGGGGCAUGGUUAGGUUUGAGGGUAUACCUCCAUUUCCCACCAGCACAGGAUGUGACUUGGGUGAAUGCCUACUGCAGCCUGCAAGUUAUGAUUUGAAGAGCUUGAGAGCAGCCUGCCUCCAUAGCCUAACCUGCUAAGUAUCCUCUGCUCCCCUGAACGGCUGCUUUAGAAGCUCACUGGGGUAGGAUGAGGUUGUCCUUCCCCGACAUCUCCAGAGGGUGCUGGUUAUGGACGGACCAGCGGUGAUUCAGAGCACCUAGAGAGGAGGAUGUGAGCUUGCAUCUUUGGCUUUGGUUUACACCCAGGGAAGGGGAUGGUGCCUUGCCCCCCAGGUACUCCAGUACCUCCUCCUCAUACUGCCUUCUUGCUUACUAGCAGACCCCUCUGAAAAGGCAGCCCUUCUUUGCCAGGGGGCUGGGAAGCUCCCAGGCACAGCGAGGGAGGGAGCUAGGAGCUUGCUGUGGGCCAUGGCCGGGAGAAAGGCGGAGGGUGGAGGAAUGCGGAGGCUGUUUCCAGGUGCCUCGGCCCACAAGGAACUUGGCCUGAAUUUUCUUUCCCCUCCUGCCUUGCACGUCCGAGUACCUUCCCUGGGCUGCACUGAGGACUGUGGGCAGAGAUGGUCCCUGCCAGUGCCUCAUCUCCUCCUCCUCCGAGAGCUCACUCAGAUGUGUCGCUGCUGCCUCUGUUCAGUGGUCCUGGGCCAAGAAAGGAGGCAGAGCUCUAGGGUGCUGAAAGGGGCUAAACUCCACUGGCCUGGUGAGGUUUGCUGGGGAGGCGUGCAGUCUGGCUGAGGAGGGGGACGAGCCUGUGCCCCCUCCUAGGGGGUGUUCCAUGGGGUGGGAUGUCCCGGGGGAGACGGGUGCUACACGCUCCCUUCCUUGAGGCAGGGCAGGACCGCGGGAAAAUACUGCCGUGCCGGGCAGGGAAGACAGCAAGGGGCUGGAGAGGUCCCCAGGGGUGGCAGUGGGGGACAGGGCUGGCUGCAAAAGGCUUGGACGCCAGCACAUGUCAUUUUAGCCUGGUGUGUAGGUGCUGGGUGGAGGCAACGUGGCCAAAACGUCGCUCUCGCAGCUGUACGAUCAGGUUGUGGCCCCUGGCCCAGGUGCGGCUGCAGGUUUCUGUGUGCUGGGCAAGUUUAUAGUGCCUCUAUUGCUUUUGAAGAUAAGGGCAUGUUAAUAUUUUAUUGCCCCCUCUUUUCAUCUGAGACACCGUUCGGCACAAGAAGGUGAGCAGGGAAGGACUCGUUCCCCACAAUAGGGGAUUAGUCAUCGGAGCGAGGCCCUGGCCCUCCUGAGCGAGGUCGAGACUCCCCGGCUCUGAAGAUGGUGCCCUGCAAGGUGGUGGCUCUGUUCUGCUUCCCACUCCAUGUCCCGCUCACAUCCCUCGUGUCCCAUCUGGGGCCCUGCUCUACCACGGCUCUCCUGCCAGGAAAGCCCUGAGAACCUGUUUACUCGAGCACCAGGCUGGUCCUGGGAAAGCGUGGGAGCCGAGAGGUGCCAGCCCUCCCCACGAUGCCAGCAAGGAGCGCAGCGGUCCAUGGGCUCUUCCAGUGGCAUGGGGCCAUGGCCGUUGCCGACCAGCGGGGCUGGCUCCAUCGCUCUGGCCAGGCUCGGCAUAGCCACCCAAAUGCUGAGUUCUGGUGACAUUUGCUCUACAACGAGGUGCUGGAGCCCCAUGAGAAGGAAGAGGCUCCCAGGUCAACCUAAGCUUCCUAUCUGCUCCAGCCCCAGGCUGGGCCGCCUCCAACCUGCCCUCAAAGACCUGGUUUAUCUCAGUAACAGGAACCAGGGCGAUGGCGAGAGGUGGGGAUAACCUGUCUUUGUGCACUCGGUGCCUUUCCCUGGCCUCCAGCCUGCCUUUAAGCAAGAAGCCCCAGCUCGCUGCCCCUGUGGCCCUCUUGCCGAUGCGCUGCCGCAGCCAGGGGAUUUCCUCGCUGCCUUUCCCACGGCUCUGGUUUCACCGUCUUGCAACAGCAGUGCAGGCACAGCCACUCCGGCCCCGCGCCGGCUGCCGAGGGUGGGCACAUCU